ACUAGCUAUAGCUGCUUUGCUUUCGGUGUUUGUGAGGAGGAGGAGGAAGAGAAGGUGCAAGGAAAGGGUUUCUUUCAGAGAUGGCUUACGGAGUGGGAAGAAAGACAGUAGCUCCAUUGUUGUAUCUCAACCUAAUUAUGUAUAUAAUAGUGGUGGGUUUUGCUAGUUGGUCUAUCAACAGGUUCAUCAAUGGCCAAGCCAAUACUCCUGGGUUUGGAGGCAAUGCUGCGACCUUGUUCUUCCUGAUAUUUGCAAUCCUUGCCGGUGUUGUCGGCGUUGCUUCGAAGUUGGCAGGCGGCAGCCAUAUCAGGGCAUGGAGAAGUGACAGCCUCGCCGCUGCAGCUUCAUCAUCGCUCGUAGCUUGGGCCAUCACUUGCCUUGCAUUUGGGUUUGCAUGUAAGGAGAUCGAUAUAGGAGGAUAUAGGGGAUGGAGACUGAAGGUGUUGGAGGCUUUCGUAAUAAUUCUGGGUUUUACCCAGUUGGCAUACGUCUUUUUGCUUCAUGCUGGUAUCUUCAACAGCAGCUAUGGUCCUGGGUACCGUGACCCUGGUUACGGACCCGGGGUACCCGGAACGGAUCCAGGUCACAAGGGUGGUGUGGGUAAUAGGGUUGUGUAGAAAAGUCUUGGUUAGGUAAAUGCUUCUAGGCCUUUGUAAGUCAUGUAUGGGUUCAAGUCUUCAUCUUAUGUACUUCUCUUGUUUUUUUAGCUGCUUUUGUAAGUGCUGGGGGG